ACAUAUCUAUAUAACUAUAGCAUACACUUUGAGAUAAAUACGAAGAUCACGCCAAUCUCCACAUAUAUGAUAUAUCGUCCUUUAUUCUUCCAUUUGUUCUUAUUCUUCCACAUCAUCAUCAUCAGCAUCAUCACGAAGAAAUUCAAAUUAAAACUCAAUCAAUAAGAUGAGAAUCACACAAAACGGCAAGCUCUUUCUCUUUUUCUUCUUCAUCUCCUUCCUCUUCAUCGCCGUAUCCGCCGGCGAGUCUAAAUGCGAGUGUUCACACGAAGACGACGAAGCGAACAAAGCCGGAGCUAAUAAAUACAAGAUCGCCGCAAUACCUUCCGUUCUCACCGCCGGAGUUAUAGGCGUUCUGUUUCCGUUACUAGGCAAGUUCUUCCCGUCGCUUAAACCGGAGACGACUUUCUUCUUCGUGACGAAAGCCUUCGCCGCCGGCGUAAUCCUAGCAACGGGGUUUAUGCAUGUGUUGCCUGAAGGUUACGAGAAGCUGACGUCACCGUGUCUGAAAGGAGAAGCCUGGGAGUUUCCGUUCACUGGGUUUGUUGCAAUGGUCGCUGCGAUUUUGACUCUCUCCGUUGACUCGUUUGCCACGUCGUAUUUCCAUAGACUGCAUUUCAAGACGUCUAAGAGGAUUGGUGACGGUGAGGAACAAGGCGGUGGCGGUGGCGGUGGAGACGAGCUCGGUUUGCACGUGCAUGCUCACGGUCACACGCACGGGAUUGUUGGCGUGGAAUCUGGUGAAUCCGAAGUUCAGCUUCACCGGACUCGAGUUGUGGCACAGGUGUUGGAAGUGGGAAUAAUAGUACACUCAGUGGUAAUAGGAAUAUCACUGGGAGCAUCACAAAGUCCAGACACUGCCAAAGCUCUCUUUGCUGCUUUAAUGUUUCAUCAAUGCUUCGAAGGACUUGGUCUUGGUGGUUGCAUCGCCCAGGGAAAUUUCAAUUUUAUGUCAAUUACAAUAAUGUCGAUCUUUUUCUCUGUAACGACGCCGGUCGGAAUCGCGGUCGGAAUGGCAAUUUCAAGCUCUUAUAACGAGUCGAGUCCAACGGCUCUGAUCGUCCAAGGAGUCCUUAAUGCUGCAUCUGCAGGCAUCCUCAUCUAUAUGUCUCUAGUAGACUUUCUCGCAGCAGAUUUUAUGCACCCUAAGAUGCAAAAAAACACUAGACUUCAAAUCAUGGCCCAUAUCUCUCUUCUUGUUGGAGCAGGGAUUAUGUCACUUUUAGCUAAAUGGGCUUAAACGGCCUAUGUACCAUUAUACAUAGUUUGUCAUGCAAUCUUGGAAUCUUGGAUACGACUCUAAUACAACACUAGUAGAUUAUACGAGUUGUAGUUUAUAGUCUUGUUCAUACAAGUUAUAUACCCUUCUCGUUUCAUGACAUAUAUUGGUUUUAAA